UUUUCGUACCUCGUGUUUGUAGCAAACACAUUUUUGUUUGAAGUGUUUGAAGUAAAAGCAGCGACUCGAAUUAGGCGCGUAAAUAUCUGGCAAUACUGAAUAAAAACCUUAGGAAUGGCAAUGCUGCCAUUUAAACAGCUGACCGCUUGUUUACAAGCUAAAAACAAAACACGAUUUAUUGAAGAACAUUUAAAAAAAUAUAUAUAUUUAAAUAAAAUAUAAAAAGAUUGAAAAGUUUUAAUAACAACUGGUAAAAUGAGUAACUUUUCCAAACAACAUUUUGGUGACAUAGAUAUUAGGCAACUGAUACAUCAUUACAAACAAUACGAUUGUUUAUGGAACUUCAAUAGUCCUGACUACAAAAAUAAAUCAUCCAAGCAGGAAGCUUGGUCAGAAAUAGCUAAUUACUUUCAAAAAGAUGUGAAUGAAGUUAAGCGCAAAGUGAAGUAUUUACGUACUGCCUACGUGGCGGAGAAAAAGAAAGUGGAGGCAUCAAGAAAAUCCGGCAAUAAUACUCCCUAUAAGCCUUCCUUAUUUUACUACAAAGACUUGAAUUUUCUAGAAGACGUAGUAGUUUGGCGUAAAUUUGGCAACGAAGUUGAACACAAUGAGUUAGAGUUUAUUACCGCAGAAGCUGUCGAAGAUGAAGAACUUUUGAAAUAUGUAAAUCAAGAAGAAGAAGAAGAUGUGGACCUUAAACAGCCAGGAAUUAAUUGCAAAACCGAAACAUAUAUCGAUGCUGAACCGGAAUCUUCACCACCGCGACAAAUAAGAAAUACACCAAAAAUUUCACAUCCACGUACUAUAGCUGCUCGACCGCUUAAAAGAAAAAUAAGUCCCGAAGCUAAAUUAAACCGUUCAACCAGCAGCAUUGUAUCAACAUUACCACCAACUGGCAGCAAUUCCCAAUGUAAAAAUUUGUACAUAUCAUUUGGAAAAACUAUUUCUUUGCAGUUACAACAGUUACCAUUAGAUGUAGCGAUAGAGACAAUGUCUGAAAUACAUACUAUGCUUACGAAAAACACAUUAGAGCACUUUAGAUCCACAGCCAUACCAAACGGACAUGAUUCGUAUACACAAUCGGAAUCCGAAGAUAGUUGUAGUGAAUUAAUCGAAGAAGCUUUAAAUGAUUCAAGUUAAAUUUUAAUAAAUUCAUUUUAGUUUAAUCUAAAAAAGGAAACAAAAUUAAGUUAAAGCCUAAUAUAUCUAAUUUUCCUGUUUGAUUUCUAAAAAUUUUAGAAUUUUGCAACAGAAAUGAAUUUAAACUUUAAUUUUAUCUUACAAAUAAUUUUAAUAUACCUAUGUAUUUUGAAUUCAUAUUUAUGUUAAAUACUGAAUUUCUUCUUUACCUUUUUUUCUUUAUAAUACAUAAUGUUAUAAUUGUGAAUAAAGUUUUUAAAUAUAAUUAAUAUUUUGUGUUAAAUAAAGAUUUCCUUUUCAUAAGUUACAUGUUAAAUUAAAAAAUUCGAAAAAAAAAUAUUAAACUUUUCAAUAACCUCUAGAACUUGAGCAUUCACAUAAAAAAUGUUUUUAAGCCUUUUUCAAUUUCGAACUUUGAAAAAUGUGAAUUUUUUCGUGAAUAUUAAAGUAAACAUAAUCCUUGGAUCACGAGGAUUUUUUUUUUCGAAAAAUUAUUUAAUCCCUUAUUCAAAACUUUAAAAAUUUCUAAACAUCUAUAAUGAACUAAAUUUUAAUUUUUGGCGGGAAGAUUAGCAACUUCCAUUUUGGGGUCAUCCCACAAUGUACAUAGUUUUAGAAGAGCUUCAACAGAAAAAAAUCAUUAAGAACUACUGAUAUUUUAUUAAUAACUAUUACAAUUACAUUUCAACAUUAUAUUGUAUACUUUGUACGAUAUUAACAGUCAUUGUUUAUCUUAAACAAUAAAAAUAAUCUGUGAACCUUAACGUAAUUUUAGUUAAUUUAUUUCACUAAAGAUAAUAAUUUCAUAUUGCUUAUUUAAUGCAAGACCUGUGUCCCAAAUCAAAUAAUACAGUUUCAAGUAUAAAUGCCCAAAGCUGUUGUUCAAUUGUAGAAUAGUUGUUUUUACACACUUGAAAUAUUUUAAAUUUCAAAUGAUCACAGUUCCCCA